UUGGACAAACUGCUGGACACUGAGGUCCGUAUUGGUUGUUUUUUUUUCAUAAGGGUCCCAAAGAAGUCUGAGAUUUUGAAUAUUGGGUUACAGUGUGGCAAAAUGGCGACUGUCAUUCAGAAUCCACUAAAAGCUCUUGGUGACCAGUUCUAUAAGGAGGCCAUAGAGCACUGCCGCAGCUACAAUGCCCGCCUGUGUGCUGAACGCAGUGUCCGCAUGCCCUUCCUGGACUCACAGACCGGUGUGGCUCAGAACAACUGCUACAUCUGGAUGGAGAAACGCCACAGAGGGCCAGGACUGGCUGCGGGUCAGAUGUACACUUACCCUGCCCGCUGUUGGAGAAAGAAGAGGCGGCUUCAUCCCCCCAUGGACCCUCAGCUUCGACUGUGUGAACUCAGGCUUGAAGCUGAGCUGAUGCCUAAGAAAGAAGCCCCACCCACUGAAGCCACAGCUCUGGAGGCUCUUUUGAGAGGGGAGGGGAUUCUGGAGAAAAGGAACACUAGCUCUAAAGAAGAGGAGACACUGCUGGAGAUUCAGAGGGUGCUCGAAGCUGAGGAAAAUGGGGACGGUUUCCAUGACGAUGAGGACUUUGAAGUGGACACACCGAAGAGGAAGCAGCGAAACAAAGGCAGGAGCCGGGGCUCCGGCCGCAGGAGGGCUGAGGCAGUGGCCAGUGAUGACCAGGACAAGCCCUACGUGUGUGACAACAGAUACAAACAAAAGCAUAACUCAAAAACUGCUGACUCAGUUUGUGGUAAGCGUUAUAAGAACCGGCCGGGUCUGAGCUAUCACUACACCCACACACACCUGGCUGAGGAGGAGGGAGAGGAGGAGAGAGAAACGGAAAUUCCACAGUCGCCGCCCGAGCACAACCCCGAAAACCAUAAACCCCAAAAGGGACCAGAUGGUGCAAUCAUCCCCAAUGAUUACUGUGACUUCUGCCUGGGGGACUCGGGCUCUAACAGAAAGACGGGCCAGGCUGAGGAGUUAGUGUCCUGUUCCGACUGUGGACGCUCUGGCCACCCCACCUGCCUUCAGUUCACAGACAACAUGAUGCAGGCUGUGCGGACCUACCAGUGGCAGUGCAUUGAGUGCAAAUCCUGCAGUCUGUGUGGCACCUCGGAGAACGAUGAUCAGCUCCUCUUCUGUGAUGACUGUGAUCGGGGUUACCAUAUGUACUGCCUCAAGCCUCCCAUGACUGAGCCUCCUGAGGGAAGCUGGAGUUGUCAUCUUUGUCUGGAUCUACUAAAGGACAAAGCGUCUGCUUUUGGAGAACCAUCAAUGGUGUAAUUUUUUUUUUAAUUCUUCCAUAUCCCUCACAGCCUCACUAGCACACACAGCACAGAGCAGAAUCAGGACGGGGACACAUACCUGUAUCUCUCCACUUUGCAGCUCCAAGUUGAAGUGGCAUAGGGACAGUCUACCUCUGUAACGUUCACUCGUCUACACAGCACAAAGUAAUACACAGUCAGACACUUCAGUCAUAUGACCAACGAGCAGUCUACCUCGCAAACUCAGUCCAAAAGCAGGGUCAUUUACGCCACGGUAUCUUUGGUAAAGUGGAAGAAAACAAGUCAUGCCGAGCAGCACAAUGAUGCAUCCACGUAAAAAUUAUUCAGGUUUUUGUAGAACAAUCAUUUCUGUCAAACUCUUUUAAAGAGCACCAAAAAGGAGUAUGAGUGAGACUGAUGGAAUACAAGCUAAUUUUAUAAUUCAGUUCACUUUAUCGUGUUUCUUUCAAAGCAGGCACCUGUACAUUCCUCUUGGUCUGUAUGAUAAAUGACAAAGACUGUUAAUUACUCUAAUUAUUCAGAGACUACAUCUUUGCACAGUUUGUAGCAAAAUGCCACUUCUGCCUAAGUUACAUAGCAAAACAGCCUCUUACAGUAUUCCACAGUCAUUAUACUUCGUUCAUCCCCCUUUGGUAACACUUUACUUGUACACUGCUACAAAACCUUGAAGUAAACAUGCCAUAAACAUGUCAUGAAAGAUGCCAUAUGCUGUCAGAAAUUGUCAUGACAGGUUAUGUUCGAG